CCUCUUCGAAACCCGCCAAAGAGUGACAAUACAAAAUGACAGCCCGUGCCACCCUUUCUUUGGUUUCCAGUCCUCCUUCUCUACACUCGAAAACCAGAGAAAAAAAGAACCCAAAGCAAGGAAAAGAGAGGAGAGCAGAGGAGAUGGGUGCUCCCAAGACUUCACCAAAGGCCGCCUCCAAGAAGAAGAAAUCGACCACCCUCCAGGACCUCUUUGACCGUGAUAUCUCCGGUGCCACCUUGUUGCCGCCACCUUCUUCUGAGUUCGAGAACGAUGAGCUCAUCUCCAUGAUCUCCUGCUGCACCCAUGUCUUCACCUUCACUGACCCUGUGGAGUCGCCAUCGCAGCAAGACCUCAAGAGAUGCAAACUCUGCCAAAUCCUCUCUGCCAUCCGCUCCACCAAAAAACCGCUCAACGAUGGAGUCCUGGCCCCCCUCAUCUCCAUGCUCUCUGCCAACCUCUUUCGCCCACUUCCCCUGUCAUCCUUCCCAUCCCUCCCGCCUGAUUUCCUUGACAAUGACUACCCUCCAAUGGUCCUUGCCCCUUCGUGGCCUCACCUGCACAUUGUCUACGAUAUACUUGGAGCUCUCAUCACAAAUUCCGAGCCUAAGUCCCUUCGCGAUCACAUCGACCAUGCCUUCCUCCUGAACCUUUUAGGCCUCUUCCAAUCGGAGGACCCACGGGAGCGUGACCGCCUCAAGAAUGUAUACCACCAGUUGUACUCAAAGCUGACCAUCGAGCGGUCGUUCAUGCGGAGGUCAAUGAGCAACGUGUUCCUUCGCUUUGCCUUUGAGACGGAGAGGCACUGUGGCAUUGGGGAGUUGCUGGAGAUAUGGGGAAGCAUCAUCAAUGGGUUCGCAGUGCCCCUCAAGAAGGAGCAUAGGGUAUUCUUGGCACGGGUGUUGGUACCACUGCACAAGCCCAAGUGGAUGCCGGCCUAUCACCAUCAGCUGUCCUACUGUAUAUCGCAGUUUGUGCAGAAGGAGCCUGAGCUGGGUGGUGUGGUGCUGAGGGGGAUACUGAGGUAUUGGCCUGUGACCAACUGCCAGAAGGAGGUGCUGCUAAUUUCGGAGCUGGACGACCUGGUGGAGAGCUUAGGCCCCAGCGAGUUUGAGAAGCUAGCUGUGCCUCUCUGCUCUCGGAUUGCCAAGUGCUUGAGCAGUUGUAACUUUCAGGUUGCUGAAAGAACCCUCUAUAUAUGGAACAACGAGCAGUUUGUGAAAAUGGCUUCUCGGUGUAUGGAAAAUAUUCUUCCUGCUAUUGUCAAAGGCAUCGAGAAGAACCUCAGGAGGCACUGGAGUGAGUCAGUCCAGCAGCUGACAAUGAGUGUCAAGAUUAUGCUGGAAGAAAUGGAGCCCGAGCUAUACUCCAAGUGUCUCCAGGAGCUGGACCGUCGAGAAUCAGUGGCUGACCAGGAAGAGAUCAAGAGGAAGGUGAGGUGGGAAAGGCUGGAAAUGGCUGCAGCUAAUAACAAUUUGCUCCAGCCUUCAAAUUGUAUAUGCGUCUCCCAAUAACCGAAGCAACCCUCACAAAUUCUUUCCUUGCAUAGAGAAGUAGAAGAGCCAUAGCUCCUGCAUUCCACUCUUCAAAGAAUUUUGGGGAUGGGGAGCCUAAACCUUUAAGUUAGAAUAUGCGCAACAAUAGUUCUAUUUCACCUAGAAACAGAAUCAACCGAGGGCAUUUCAGCACUUUAACAUAAUAUUUUACUUGUUUUAGGCUGGCUGAGUUCCUUGCUCUGCCAUUAAAAAUUCUGAGUUUUCACCAGGUAGAUUCAUUGGAUUCUAGUUUGUUCUUUUUCUUGGAAUUCACUUAAGACUUAGUCUAUAGAGAACCUUGCUUGUAUUCUACUUCUUGCAAGAUAUUUCCAAUUAAAUUAAAAGAGGAUGCCUUGCCUUCUUUACUUGCCCUUUUAUCUUCCUUCUAGUUAUCUGUUGGGAAUUCAAUAGACUUGUCUUUUGGCUGCUUGUAGCACCAUGUGCUGCUCUAGUGGUCCCCCUGUUGACAAGAUUCAUGAACUUCCUUAGUGUGUCUUGAGAAAUAGGAUGAAACACUUGUUUUCUGUGAGCUGCUAAGGCUCUUAAAUUAUCCUACACUUUUUCCAAAGUCUUGGGUGAAUGUUUUAGGAUGGACAUUGAUACUGCAUGCGUCACGCCAAGUGACAUGUUAUGAUAUAUUUGUUUACGAGGGCCGGCAAGAAGAUAUCUAUAUAUAAAGUGGAGAGGGAUGCCGGCCAGCUGAGCUAAGUCUGAUCGGCAAUUCGUAUAUUUUGUUGUUCUUGUACUAAACAGCUAUCUUGACUAAUUUAAUCAUCCGAAGCUACCAAAAAUAACAACUUUUUUGAUUAAAAAAUAAUGUAAGUUGGAUCGAUGUGUUUGUUUAGUCAAGUAUCUUUUCUGAAUUUACUUCAUUUAAUUUCUCUCUUGAUCGGAAGGAUGACUAUGAUGUAUCUAAUCAGUUUCUCUUCUCAAAAUGCUUAAGAGUUGCAGAGCAUGAAGGAGAUUAGGGUCCCUUUUUCUUCUAGCCACUUUUUAAAACAUAGCUUUAUUCU